UCGUCUACUGAUGACGUUGACCCAUCUGUGUUUACUGUGAGCCUAGCUACGAGGAUUUCGCAGGGCAGCAAUUCUGAAACAAACCUGAAAAUAUCCAACAACCAGGCCGGUGCAAACAGAUACAGACGGGUGCGAGUCAGUAGUCCCUGUGGAUGGGGUGAGUGGCUGGAGCUCCAGUGAGAUGACUGACCAGGGAAACAACAAUCAGAAUAUCUCCCGGAACCCCUUCGCUGCUCUCUUCAGCUCCCUGGCCGAUGCCAAACAGUUUGCGUCGGGUCAGACUCCCCAGCAGCAUGCAGAACCCUCGGAAGACUCUGGGGAGAGCCAUUCAGAGUCGGAGAACUCUGUGAGCGACAGCAUCGAGGACAACGAUGACUCGGUGGCGGAGAUCAGCCGGUCCUUCCGCUCGCGGCAGGAACUCUGCGAGCAGCUCAACAUCAAUCACAUGAUCCAGAGGAUCUUCCUCAUCACCCUCGACAACAGUGACCCCAGUCUGAGAGGGGGGAACGGCAUCCCCCCCCGCUGUGUGUACCUGGAGGAGAUGGCUGCCGACCUGGACGGGCAGGACUGGCUGGACAUGGACAACAUAGAGCAGGCUCUGUUUAACCGCCUGCUGCUGCUGGAGCCAGGGAACAACCUCAUCUACAUGACGUCCUGCAGCACGGUCAACCUGUCAGCUGACCGCGACGCCGGAGAGACGUCCGCCAUUCCCUACCUCUUCGCCUGCUACCAGAGGGCCAAGGAAGAGGUGACCAAGGUACCAGAGAAGAUGCUGCCCAAUGCGGUGCGCUGUAAGAACCUAGCGGUGUCCAACACGCGCACGGUCCUCCUCACGCCGGAGAUGUACGUCAGUCAGAACAUCUACGAGCAGCUGCUGGACCUGCUGCUGGAGGGCGUCCGCACAGCGCAACCAGAGGAGGUGGUGGAGUUUGUGGAGGAGGCGAUAGUGGGCCUGCUGGCGGACCAGGAGGUGCGUACGUUUGCAGAGGUGGUGGUGCCUGUGCUGGACAUCUUCCAGGGGAGGCUGAAGGAGCUGGACCUGUGCCAGCCUCUGUUCUACUCCUACCUGGACAUCCUGCUCUACUUCACCCACCAGAAGGACAUCGCCAAGGUCCUGGUGGAGUACAUCCAGCCUAAGGACCCCAGCAACGGGCUGCAGUACCAGAAGACCCUGCUGGGGGCGGUGCUGAGUGUGUCCUGCCUGCUGAAAACCCCCGGGGUGGUGGAGGGACACAGGUACUUCCUCAACCCCUCCAGCUCCAGCCCCCAGGAGAUGAAGGUGCAGGAGGCCAACAUACAGCAGUUCAUGGGUCAGUUCCACGAUAAGAUGCACCAGAUCCUGAAAAACCUGCUCCAGCGCUCUGGGGAGACGCGACACCUCCUUCUCUCCUGGUUGGGCGGCUGUCUCCAGGCCAAUGCCGGACGCACCAAGAUCUGGGCCAAUCAGAUGCCGGAGAUCUUCUUCCAGAUGUACGCCUCUGACGCCUUCUUCCUGAACUUAGGCUCCGCCCUCCUGAAGCUUUGCCAGCCCUUCUGUCGGCCGCGCUCGCCCAAACUGUUGACCUUUAACCCCAGCUACUGCGCCCUGAAAGAGCUCAGCGAGGAGGAGAGACGCAACCGCAACGUACAUGCCCGGGGUCUAGAUAAGGAGACCUGUUUGAUCCCUGCUCUGCCCCAGCAGCCGGUGGAGUAUGCCCAGUCUUACAGCCUGCUGACGGAGAACCUCAUCCUCACCCAGCUCACCCUGCACCUGGGCUUCCACAGGCUCCACGACCAGAUGGUGAAGAUGAACCAGUCCCUUCACCGCCUCCAGGGGACGUGGCGGGAGGCCCAGCUGGCGGGGGGCACAGUGACGGAGCAGCUCCGGGAGCAGUUUGAGCGCCUGAUGACGGUCUACCUGUCCACCAAGGCUGCGGCCACGCAGCCUGCCAUGCUGCAGUGCUGCCUCAACCUGCAGGCCUCCACGGCUGCCCUGCUGGUGCAGCUGGGCCUGGACAACCAGGGCCCGGAGCACAUGCCCCUCAACUUCCCCCUGCUGCCACUAAACAAUAACAUGCUCUGCUGUGUUCCUGAGUUCUUUGCGGAGAACCUGGGAGAUUUCUUUAUCUUUCUGCGCCGGUUCGCUGACGAAGUCCUGGAGUCUUCUGCUGAGAGCCUGGAGCAAGUGCUUAACUUCAUCACUGUCUUCAUGGGCAACGUGGAGAGGAUGAAGAACCCUCAUCUGCGGGCCAAGCUGGCAGAGGUCCUGGAAGCUGUGAUGCCGCACAUGGAACCCGUGGCCCCAGGCACGACUCAGCCAAUCAUGUUUCAGCGGGAGAGGGUGUUCUGCUCCUAUCGCCACGCCCCCAACCUGGCCGAGGCGCUCAUCUCUGUGUUUGUGGACAUCGAGUUCACUGGUGACCCCCACCAGUUUGAGCAGAAGUUCAACUACCGCAGACCCAUGUACCCCAUCCUCCGGUACAUGUGGGAGAAGGAAAGCUACCGAGAGAGCGUCAAGCGCCUGGCUGUGUACGCGUCUGAGAACCUGGAGGCCAUGAACCCUCCUCUGUUCCUCCGGUACCUCAACCUGCUGAUGAACGACGCCAUCUUCCUUCUGGACGAGGCCAUACAGUAUCUGAGCAAGAUCAAGCUGCUGCAGCUGGAGAGGGACCGUGGCGAGUGGGAGGGCCUAGCGCCGGACGCCAGGAAAGAGAAGGAGUCCAGCCUGCAGAUGUUUGGUCAGCUUGGACGCUUCCACAACAUCAUGUCAAACGAGACUAUCGGGACUCUAGCCUUCCUUACCUCUGAGAUCAAGGGGAUCUUCGUCCACCCAUUCCUGGCUGAGAGGAUCAUUUCCAUGUUGAACUACUUCCUGCAGCACCUGGUGGGGCCAAAGAUGGGGGCCCUGAAGGUGAAGGACUUCAGCGAGUUUGACUUCAAACCCCAGCAACUGGUCUCUGAUAUCUGCACCAUCUACCUCAACCUGGGGGAUGAGGAGAACUUCUGUGCCACGGUGCCUAAAGAUGGCCGCUCCUACUCCCCCAUACUGUUCUCCCAGACCGUGCGCGUCCUGAAGAAGAUUAACAAGCCCGGAGAGAUGAUCAUAGGCUUUGGCCUCCUGGCCGACAAGAUCAAGUCUCAUGCUGACCGGCAGCAGCAGGAGGAGGAGACGUUCGCCGACGCCCCAGACGACUUCCUGGACCCUAUCAUGUCCACCCUGAUGCUGGACCCGGUCUUGCUGCCCUCGUCUAAUGUGACUGUGGACCGAUCCACCAUCGCCAGACACCUGCUCAGCGAUCAGACGGACCCCUUCAACCGUAGCCCUCUCACCAUGGACCAGAUCAGGCCCAACGAGGAGCUCAAGCAGCAGAUCUUACAGUGGCUGGACAAGCAUAGGCAGGAGAGGCUGCAGAUGGGGCCUAGCGGCUAAGGGCUAGCUAUGGUCACAGCUCUCUUACUGACUUUACUUACUGACCCUUCCUCUCCUCCCACUGUGCUCCACCGGCCUCCUCUUCUGCCUGCUGACCUGCGGCCUAUAGCUUGUCUCCACAGACUACUGCUUUGCCGAGAGGUGCACUUGAUUUAGUUCUACUCAAAGCGCAAUGAAACCAAUGGAACAGUCCCGGAGGUGCAAAUGGGAGUGGAGAUCAAAUGCACCUCAAAUACUUGCAGUGUUUGUCCCAGGUCUGUGCCUGCAUCCUAUCAAACCACAGUGUAGAAGAUGAUUCUUGGUGGAGUCAACUGUCGGCAGAAGCUUACAGAACAAGAGGAAGCCUAAAACGUGGAUUAGGGCUGCCAGCUUCAUUCAUACUUCGUUAAUACUUAAAUACAGAUUUCAGUAGCUUACGUUAUCAUAGUUCUCAGUCUGUCCAUACCUCAGCCAGGCACGGUAGCAUCUCUAUCUUCUUUGCCAAAAUACACUUUUUAUAAUGUAGAGACCGCACUGGGAAUGUGGACUGCAGGACCCAUAACUGAUCAAUAGGAGGCUAAAGAUACUCUGGUCAUGCUGUAAAGUUUUGUCAUUCUGUAAAGUUUACAUUGAGUUUGAAUAAUACCGCCUUUUAUUUGACUCGACAGGAGCUCAUAGUGAACUGAGCGUUUAAGAUGCGUACAGUAUAUGUUAUGCAAGCAUAAUGUUUGAAAUGUGAGGUAAACUGUUCUUUUUUGGCAAGGAAAAUUGGGUGCCUAAAACCACAAGCUUUUUACAAAUUUCACUUGAGUUACAUGAGACUUUUAUUGACUAAUUAUUACAAGUUUUUAGGCUACAAUGUUGCUUUGUUAGUAAGAAAAGAACGAGUGGGACUGACGUCUAGGACGGAGUGGUUUGUGUAGUUAUAAUGAGCCCCAGACAGAACAGUGGGAGUAGCUCAGUUGAGGACACAAGGCAGGAAGUGAAGUGUGAGGAUUUUGUAUAAAUGAGUAGAAUGUGUGGGGUAUUAAAUAAAAAGAUUCGUUGGCAUGCAUUUGUAUAUUGCAUAUAUACCAACUUAAUGAUUACCCGGGUGAAAUUAUAAUUGAAUAUUUGUAUGUUUUAACUGUGAGACUUUUUGGGAGUGUACAGUAUGAUUAAGAAAUAAAAAAGCGGCGGCGUGUUAUAAACCUGG